CCAAGGGCGCAGCGUUUUCCGCGGAAUAACGCGUCCGAGAGCACUCGCGGACGCACUACGCUCGUCGCGACGCCACCCGACGUAGCUCCGGGUAGCCGCGAUCCGCCGUCGUCGUCGUCGCCGUGCAGUUGGGACCUGGACCCGCGAUGUCCGAGGACUAUCAGCACGCAUGCGAGAGGGCAGAAUUGCUGGGCUUGCCGAGGCCCAGCGAGGAGGAGUGGCGGCAGUCGCAGAGCGAGAAUCGUCAUCCCGACGACGGCGACGACGAUAGUGCAUUAAAGGACUUGGAUUACGCGGACGAGAAGGCCGGGCACAUCGGCGGCGGUCUGGACGAGCUGAACACCAUUUUGACCUCUACGCAGAAGAAGCUCAACAGAUUCAAGACAGUUUGUGGCAGUCUGGGAACAUUGCUCAAGGGGAAGGUGAGUUCUCGCGGCGGGACGCCGCGUCACAAGCCCGAGGAGCCGAAUCCCGAUGCGGAGCAGGAAAAUCAGGAGAAGCUCGAGUCUACGGUCGACGAGGUGAUGACGGUGGAGACGUCGUCGGACGACGUCGUCGCGGCGGACCAGCCGGCGGACAGCGGCGUCCAGCCGAAGCAGAUCGAUCUCGGCCAGAAAAUGGGAUCCCAUCUGAACAAGCUGGACUCCCUGAUCACGAAGGCCGAGAACGCUCAAUACAGUAUGCAGCAUCAAACGAAGCAAAUGAAAAAGUUCCUGAAGAAGUAAAAAUCGCAAUAAACGAAACGAAAAAUCGCUACAAUUGACGAAUUGACCGGCUGGAUGAACAAAAAUUCUCGCGAGAUCGAUUAACAAUUGAAUUAAUAAGCUUCCAUUUUUUGAAUAUGAAAGCUCGAGUGAAUAUUUUACAGAUGUAUGUCAUGCGCGUAAAUUAAUCCCGAGGUGUUUCUUGACUUGGACCGGUAAAUUCUACAUUCUUGUUGAUGCAUAGUUACGUAAGGAAACAUAAGCAAUUUCGCGGGCAACCGACGCAUAUAGGAAAACUUGAAUUGUUACAUUGCACAUAUGAAGUUUAAUUGUUGCAUCGAAUAUCAAUACCUCUCUCGCAAUAUAUUUAUCAGAGUCGCGAGAAGAAAUGUUGUGAAUAAUUGUUAUCAAUUCUUUUAUAUGUCGCGCGACGUUAUCUUUGUCGCUAAAAGCCCAGUAUUGUUACGAUAAUAUAUGUAUUGUCAAAUGUAUGUAUAUAUAUUUAUAUAUAUCUAUAUAUAUUAUAUAUAAUUUAAAUUUAAAUGGCACUCUUUAAAAUAUCUAAUUUUAUGUAUAUACAAUAUAUACAUAUAUGGAUAUUGUUGACAAAUGUAGUAUUGUUACAUAGAUACGAGUAUAUUUCCGGUUAUUAAGGCUUAUGCUUGGAUCCUUGACAAUACUGACAUAUCAGGUGUAAAAGAUACGGAAAAGCACGUUUGGCAAAUCGCGAGCCAGUGAUAAGCUUUCCUAUUCUGCAAAUGAUGUGAUAUUGUUUUACAUCGAUAUAGGAAUUAUUAUAACUUCUUACGAUCUAUAUGUAUAUAUUUUAUUAUUGAAUACUUUGCGCUUUGUGUUUUAACGAAAUCUAAAUUGUAUUAAUAUACUAAACGACAGAUAUAUAUA